AUGUCAGACCAAUGUCAUAAGAAUUAGAUCUUGGGGAAAAAUUUGUCGCUGCCGCUAGCGAGAACUAAGAUCUGAUAAUAAAGAGACUGGGCCCCUGAGAUUGAUGUCACAGUCUCAUCAGUACCGAGACAGCAAGUUUUUAAAACCUGAGUUUACUUUCGGAUUUUGCCUGUUUCGUUUGAAUAACAUUUUAUCAAAAUUUAAGCCAGGGACCCGGUUGUAUCAAAGCCUCAUUAACUAAUGGCCACAUUAAAUCCUAAUGAUACAUUUAAUUCUUCAUGCACCAUUAGUUAAAAUCGGUUUUAUCAAACGUUUAUUAGCAUAUCAUUAUGUAAUGAUGCCUUAAUGUAAAUGUUUUCAUUAACCUGUCAUUAAAUUCAGGGUUUUCCCUAAAUAUAUCCCACAAUUCCCUGAGGUAAACACGUAAGCGUUACUUCCGGUCAUCUGUCAAAAUGGCAAUGUAUCCACCUAAACCUUAGUAUAGAAACAAGAAUUUCGGCAGCUCCGAUAUUUAGCUGUUGUUUAGCGAGUUGUUGAAGAACAGUAAGUUGUGCAGCAGUUACCCACGAAAGAAGAGAGGCUAUUUGGGUAGACGUGUAUGCUCCAUGCACAGGUUUUACAGUGACAUUUUAGUUGUUAUUAUAUAAAUAAGAAUUUAUUUAACACACCUUGGCUGUCACACAUUGCUUGAACGUUGAUCGAAUGGUAGCCUUUCCUAUUGACAAAGGCAGGUUCGUUGUCUGAUGGUGCCUGUAUCCGUACAUGUGUUCCACCAAUGUCUCCAGGAAAACGAGAUAUAUUGUAGAAUUCCUUUCUAAUGUUGGCUAUUUCCAUCUUGGACGGCCAGGUAACAAACUUGGGCACAAGAGACCCGAUGGCAAGGGAAACCUUCCUAACAACUCGUGAGGCCGUUGUCACAUUUGUCUGUGCCUAUUGUGUCGCCAGUGAUUUGCAGGAACUUCCACUUGCAAAGAAGCGUAGGGUUACCAGAACCUGAUAAAAUGGUUAUAAAGAGGCUAAUGAUAGGUUUUACCAAUUUUCAAAUAUUUCCAUAAUACUUAUAUCUGCUUUGUUAUUUUUUAUUUUGCUGUGUUUCAUUAUGUCUCAGUAAGUAAAGUGUUAAUGAUUGAUAUAAGAUGUGCAUGCUUUAAUAAUUAAAGGAUCUUUUGGCCAGGAUCGAACAUGCAAAACUGUUCUCUUCAGUAUGCACGAAACAUUUAGUUUAAGUCAUUAGAGUAACUCCCCUCUAUGAAACUGAUCCUGGCUGACAACGCCAAGUUAAAAACGUAUCUUUCUUGGGUGAAGUGAAAAGCAUCCAUGAAUUUACAUUACUUCCAAUUGUGAAAUAUAUUUACAAGGUUGGUAUCAUUAGGCUGCAAAUAUGACUGUACCGAUACACGUGUUAGUGAGCAGACCCACGAAGAACUGCGUAUGAUUCAUUUAAAGAUUGCCGCUAUAAAUGUGCCCGAUGUGGCGGUAUAAUUAUAUAUUUAUUUCAAACUUGCUGAGUUUCUAGUGACGACGUGUUAAUUAUCAAACAUUUACCUGUAGUUCAACACUAAGUGUGUGCGAUCUUGCAAAUUUGGGCAGUAAUUCAUCUCUCACAAGAUCGCAGAUAUAUCUGAUGCUUGCCUUCCAAAAACGGUAGCGUGCCCCUACUUCUUCAAAGCUCAUGGAUUCGAGGUGAUGAGUUCGUUUUCUGAAAACACGGUCUUUCCUUGUGUGUGUCCUAAGCGUUCAAACAAUAUGUUUGCUGCCAUGUUUGUUUUUUAAUGACACGCUAAUGAUGCCCCAGAACCUUCAUUAAUGACGUGCUUAUGACAGCACAACGCCAUUAAAAUGUUAGUACAGCUGGAUUUAAUGAUACAUUAGUUUAAUGAAGGUUUAAUUACAUGUUAAUGCAUCAUUAAAGUUUGAUACAACUGGGUCCAGGACUUUAAAACGAAAAAGGACAAAAGCAUGAUAUGAAGAAUGAAUGUGUUAAGUUUUAUGAAGCAAUACUUACAAAUAGAAUGAGCGAGCAACACUUGAAAGCAACCGUUGGUUUUCUUGUGGAACUUGAAAAUUUUGAGCCAAGAACACGUUCAUAAUUGAAAUGACAGCUGUCAAGAAAGUAGCAACAAAUCAAUAUCACAGUUAUGUGUGUCUCUCCUAUACAUUUAAAAUGUCUCCCUGAGUAUCAAGAAUAUCACCUACAUUAGGGGUCCAAUGUGGCUUAAGAACCUCUAGCAGCGCUUAAAGGGACAGGACGUUGACCAUUCUGAAGCUUUGUAAACAAUAACCAAUAACUGCCCAGCUUACUCGGCUCUUCUCACCUUAUUCCGCAACAGAAUGUUCUGCUCCAGUCCCCAGACUGUGGGUGUAGGCUUAUCACGUGACAAGACUUUUCUCUUAUUUGUAAACAAACACACUUAUCCUGAAAUUUGAACAGAUGAGCCUAAUGCAAGUCAUUCAGUGCACUUUACAUAUUGUUUUGCAUAAAUAUUUAGACAUACUACUACAACUGCAACAGAGAGAUGCAUGACAAUAUUAUAGCUUUACACAUCAAAGUGACUGUAUUGCUAGCUUGCCGUAGUUCUUUGAUGACAAAAUGUGGAGAAUAAAUACGCAAAAGGAAACAGUUUUUCAUGUUUUAGGAUAUCCUCGCAAUGAAAGUUAUGUGUACACUCAUCCAAAAUGAAACUUGAAAAACACUUGAAUGAACUGUGUAAGAUGUGACAAUGUGACAGGAGUACGAGGCUGGCCGCAAGGAACUCUGGGUAGGAGAGUGAUUGGCUUCAUACGACCGAGGUAUAUCUACACUGUAAACUAGCUUUGAUAAAUACUGGCUUCUAAUGCAAUCAUGCUGGCAAUUAGUAUUUUGUAACUCCUCUGUAGGAAAAGCAUACAAGCUUCCUCUUCAGUUUGCCUCAAAUCAUGUGAAUGAAAAAACAUUACUGAUGACAGUUUACUCUGUACAUCGCAUGCGUUGUCAGCUUUGUUACAACCCUUAAUGUAAAAGUUACUCUUAAUGUAAAAAAUAUGUCCAUUACGGGUUACAUGUCAACUCUUAAUGUAAAAAGUUUUACAUUAAGAGUAAUACCCCGCAACGCUUUGAAGUUUUUACAUUCAGGGUUAAUAUUAUACAUAUCACCCUUAUUGUAAAAGAAUUUUAUAACAAAGUUUGAUUGAAAAUAUAUGGUAUUUUUGCCAUGUUCUUAUUUUUCAUUGUUUUUGCUCUGUUUCUUAUAACUAUUCAUAAUAGAAUAUAUUCUUCCUUCAACUUCGUGUGUUUUCUCAGGAACAACAUAUAGUAGAUUCAUGGACCUUGUGUAAGUGCACUGCAUCUUUCAUAUUCCAACAACCUCUCAACGACAACCUUGUCUUUAUUUACAGGUUUUCUUUAAGUGGUCAUUACUCACAUGUCAUUUAGCCAAUUUUGUUAAAUCUUGGUGCAAAGGUGUCUCUAGGAAUACCAUACAAUAUGACUUUAUUUUCAUCACUGCCUUGUUUCCACUGCAACGGAAAGCAGCACCUGCAGAGCUGAUUGGUCAGCUCCGAGGCAUUUGAAAUUUAGUUGUUUGAUUUCGUUACAAGAUAUAUUAAGAUAUAUUUUUGCACACAAAGCACAUUUUAUUACAAUAACAACGGAAUGGAGUCCUCUGAUUGGUCAAAAUUUAGAUAGACUAUUUUCCCAUACUAAUUAGUGCUCUUUAUGAAACUAUGUGUGGUAAUCUGCACAAGGUCCAGUAAUAUAACCUCAUUCAUAAAUCCAAGAUGGUCUCACAGUCGCCAUUUUGAAAUUUACAGGUCUCAAUCAUCUCAAUGAGUAAAUAUCUAUUUAUGAAGUCCUUUUGAAAACCCAUGUGUAUAUCAUUUCAUUAGAUUAUUAGUUCAUUGUUCCCCGCAAAAACAUUAGUUAUGGAAUCAGUGUGUCCGCCUGUCUGUUGGUCUGUCUGCAGAAAAUAACUACAGUGUGCCAUGUUACCAGCAGAUCACACACACUUGUGUCCUUGCAUGUAGAGUCGGAAUACAAUGUCCAGUGGAAGCUAGUGCACUUCAUUAAAUUGUUCCUGAUGUUAGGUUGAAGGAAACCAUGGCAGUUUCAGGUUAAGACUAGUGUUGUAAGCAUGGUAUAUGCCCAAUCUGAGAUCCUGCAGAAAGAGGUGUACCUAUUUGAAAGAUUGGACACAAGUGGCCGCGAGACCAUGAAGCAUCUCAAGUGCAUUGCCUUCCUCCGACCCAGCAAGGAGAAUGUGGAGCUGUUGUGUCAGGAACUUCGAGUCCCCAAGUAUGGACUUUAUUACAUUUAUUGGAGUAACGUCAUCAGCAAACAAGAUGUGAAGUUGCUGGCAGAAGCAGAUGAUCAGGAGGUGGUUAGAGAAGUCCAGGAAUUCUUUGGAGACUAUAUUGCUGUGAACCCUCAUCUGUUUUCUCUCAACCUGUCUGGUGUCUGUCAGUCACUGACUUGGGCACCACAUGCUCUUCAGAGAACAGUGCAAGGACUAACAUCUGUUUUACUCUCAUUGAAGAAAUGCCCAAUGAUCCGCUUUCAGAAUUCCUCUGAAAUGGCACGUAGACUUGCUGAGAGUGUCAGGCAAGUGAUCAACAAAGAAGCAGCUCUGUUUGAAUUUAGAAAGACUGAUGUGGCUCCAGUGCUCCUCAUCCUGGACCGUCGAGAUGAUGCCAUCACUCCACUUCUGAACCAGUGGACCUACCAAGCAAUGGUGCAUGAGCUGUUGGCUAUCAACAACAAUCGUAUAAAUCUAGCCAGCGUCCCGGGCAUUGCUAAGGACUUGCAAGAAGUGGUGUUGUCUGCUGAACAUGAUGAGUUUUAUGCCAAUAAUAUGUAUGUGAACUUUGGAGAGAUUGGAUCAAAUAUCAAAGAGUUGAUGGAAGAAUUUCAGAAGAAAUCCAAAAGUCAAGCAAAAGUGGAAUCUAUUGCUGACAUGAAGGCGUUUGUGGAGAACUAUCCCCAGUUCAAGAAGAUGUCUGGCACUGUUUCUAAGCAUGUGACAGUAGUGGGGGAGUUGUCUCGAUUAGUGGGCGGUCACUGUCUUCUGGAGGUAUCGGAGACAGAGCAGGAAAUAGCCUGUCAGAGUGACCACUCAGGAAUACUUUCGAAGAUCAAGAGCCUCAUGUCCAGUGACAGUGUGCGCCCUCUGGAUAUGCUCCGUAUGGUGAUGCUGUAUGCUUUACGAUAUGAGAAUCACACAAACAACGAUGUUUCGGGAUUGGUCGACACACUUCGCAAAAAAGGCCUGAGCGAGGACUACAGAUCUAUGGUUCAAGCCAUGCUCGAGUAUGGAGGGAAGAAAGCCCGUGGAAGUGACCUGUUUGGAGUGCAGGAUCCUGUCGCAAUCACAAAAAGAUUUUUUAAAGGAUUGAAGGGGGUUGAGAAUGUAUACACUCAGCACAAGCCUCUUGUCUACUCAAUCGUAGAUCAGCUGAUCAAGGGCAAGCUGAAGGAGUCCAGCUAUCCCUACCUCGGCCCCAGCCAGCUCAAGGACAGACCACAAGAUAUUGUCAUAUUUGUGAUUGGUGGCUGUACAUAUGAAGAGGCCUUGGCAAUCCACAACAUCAACAGGUCAACGCCAGGAGUUCGAGUAGUGCUUGGUGGCACAACCAUACACAACUUUAAGAGUUUCCUGCAAGAGAUUUCCCAGGCUGUUGGAGCAUCAUCACCCAGUCAUAAUAUGGGAAGAGGGAUUCGGCGAUGAUGUUCACAGAAGCAUGAGAAUCCAUUAAGAACAAUUUCUUCCAGUGCAUGUGAUGGUUUCCAUGAUGGAUCAUUGUUGAAUAAUUACAGACAUUUUCUAUGUAAAAUGUUGACAACUCUUACUCUUAUGGCUUGUGAUGUGGCUCCCAAGUCCAUCCGAUUAUGUUGUUUUGAUGUAUCACUAUUUGAUUUAUACACAGUUCAACUAUUGAAUGUCACCUUUAUAAUAUGGGACUGAAAAGAAACAGAUUCUAGCUGAAAAUGAAUGUAUUAUGUUUCAGUUCCAAAUUCAUUAUAAAUGAAAAGCGAUAUUGUCAAUAGGAAGCCAGUGAUUUGAGCAGCUCAAAUUAAGACGACCCUGUAACAUCAUGUUCAUACAAACUGCUGCCACACUUAGUGAGUAGUAAGACCAUAUUGGUGCUCCUUGACCUCAUACUCAGCAUGGUGAUCCACUCCAAGAUGAGAAUUCUGUGCUGAAACCCAAGAUCAUGUGGCACAAUGUGGCUUCUGUAAAACGUUUUGCCGAAGCUGAUCCCAGAGAUGUUCAACAUCCACUCCAUCCUCCUUAAGCCUUCUUGUCAAAUAGCUGCAUUAUGUAUUAUGUUUAUGUUGUUUUACUUGGUUUAUGGAUCCAUUGACUGUUAGUGUUAACCAGGAUUGGGGGGUGGGGUGAAAAUACCUGUUAAAGGCUUAAUUAAUGGCAACUGUCAUAAUCACUCUCAUAAAUAAAACUGACUAAUUGUU